AGAGGCGGUCUUUACGCUGAAACAAACAGGCCCUAAGAGCUUCUCAAAACAAAUCCAAAACCCAACCCAAACCAGCCAUGGAGUGGAAGAAGAAGAAGGAUUUAUGAGAGAGAGGAGAGGCAGAUAGAUUCCCAGCAAGCCAAGCCAAGUCGCCAACUCGCCAAUUCCGCAAGCAACGCCGAGGCAAGUUCACCGUCUUCCACCACCGCUUCCGCCGUCACUCUACCUCCACUCCGCAACCGUCACGCCGCCUCCUCACCGCAACAGUGGAGAGCGUGAGCAAGGAGAAGAAGGAAAUGGAAUCGACCGAGUCCUCUUACGUGUCCUCGCCGGAGGCUCCGGGGAAGAAAUCUCCUCCGCCGCCCAAAUCUCCCACUUCAGAUACCAUGGAGAAGGCAGCAUAUAUUAGAUUUCUGGUGUCAAAUGCUGCAGCUGGUUCAGUGAUUGGGAAGGGUGGUGCUACAAUUACAGAAUUCCAGUCUGAAUCGGGAGCAAGGAUCCAGUUAUCACGCAACUAUGAAUUUUUCCCAGGGACAUCUGAUAGAAUAAUUAUGAUUUCUGGAAACAUUGAUGAGAUUUUAAGGGCUGUGGAACUUGUUCUUAAUAAAUUGCUAAGUGAGCUUAAUACUGAAGAUGGUGCUGAUGCUGAACCACGUAUGAAACUGAGGCUUAUUGUCCCAAAUGGCUCUUGUGGCAGCAUUAUUGGGAAAGGAGGAGCUAUCAUCAAGUCAUUCAUUGAAGACUCCCAAGCUGGCAUUAAGAUAUCUCCACUGGACCAUAACUUUUAUGGAUUGAAUGAUAGGCUGGUGACAUUAACAGGUACUUUGGAUGAGCAGAUGCGUGCAGCUGAUCUCAUUUUGUCAAAGCUAGUUGAAGAUCCUCACUACUCACAGAGCAUGCAUACCCCAUUGUCGUAUGUAGCUCAGUUCACGUUUUGUGUGCUAACUUACUGUGGUUUUUAUGGUCUUCUAUCUGUAUAUGUGGCUCCUUAUGUAGCAACAACAGCGUACAAUGUGGUGAAUUAUGCUGGACAAAAUGGUGGUGGAGGAAAGUUCCAGAAUAACAAGGAAGAGCGUACCAACUCGGUUACAAUUGGUGUGGCUGAUGAGCACAUCGGGUUGGUUGUUGGUCGCGGUGGAAGGAACAUACUGGAAAUCAGCCAGGUCAGCGGGGCUAAGAUAAAAAUAUCAGACAGGGGUGAUUUUAUAACCGGGACAAAUGACAGGAAAGUAACAAUCACAGGGACGCAGAGAGCUGUCCGUGCAGCUGAGAGCAUGAUAACUCAGAAGGUGUCUUAUGCUUCGGAGAGAGGAACCGAUCAGCUUUGAGAUCUGGGUGCUUCAUUCCAGUGCAGUUGGUGGUUGCGGAUUUUGUUCGUUCGCUUAAUCUCGUUAGUUCCUUAAAUUCGUUGGGACAGAAACCUUUGCAAUUUCGUCUGUUGUUAUAAUUGGGAGACUCGGGAGUCUGGUUUACAUGUCUUGUUAAGAGAUGAUCAUGAGUAGAUGAGUGUCUAAUGGAUAUCGGUCGGCAGAUCUCAGGAGCAUAAAAGGUACUUGGUGUUUAUUUGUUUUAGGGAGGGAGAGAGGGCAUGAAAGUUUUCCUUUAGGCACGGUCGAUAGAUUUAAAUUUCUGGGAGCUAAGGAAGAAUUUGGAGUUUCUUGGGUGGGAAGCAAAGGGAAGUCGGAUUAUGUUCAGGUUGAAAGUAGCUUCAGACUGUAUAUUCAGCAGUAGCUUAUUUGAUAUAGUUGCUAAAUUACAUAUGUAUACCUGCAUCUCUUUGCCUAUUUUUGCUUUGGAUGGCCAUUUACAAGUAUCGUGAUAUGCAUUCCCACUG